CAGGAACAAACACUUAAAGACUGUCAUUCCUUUCACUGGCAUCCUAAGAUAGGCGUACCUGGACAUAAUAAGAAGCAUUACAGCAUAGUUCAGUUUCACUUCUCACAAGUUACAAGUGAAGAGGAAGAAAAGAAUAAAACUAAGUUCUUUUUAUCUCAACCAUUUCGUCUAAAGAAACACAAUUUAAGCUACUUGUUUAUCCAACCAGGCAGUGUGACUACUAGACUACCUUGUGGAAACCAACUGGUAAUGACAAUGUUUCUGUUUGGCCUGAUUUCAGUUUUAAUCCUUCAGAUUUCUGAAUCCAAGGAAUUGGUUGGACCAAAGCAAGUGUCAGGAUUUGUGAAUGGAUCCAUCACAAUAAAAUGCUUUUAUUCCACUCUGACAAAGGCAAAUAAAUAUGACAGAAAGUUUCUUUGCCGUGAAUCUGGAAGACUCAGAAAAUGUGAAACUGUUAUAUCCACCAGUAAUUAUGUUUUGGAGAAAUUCAAGAAUCGUGCCUCUCUUGUGGAUAAUUCAGAGAAAGGGCUCAUAAUUAUCAAGCUCUCAGGACUACAACCGAGUGAUCAAGGCACCUACAGAUGUGGCAUAGGAAAUUCAGCAAGUGGCUUGACUGCAGUGAUCAAUUUGGCUGUUACAACAGACACAACAAUACAGAAUGAGGCAGAACUUAUGUAUGGACAACUGAGGAGCAGUGUGACCUUCUUAUGCAAAUCUGGCAAACAAUAUUCAUCUCCAAAGUAUUUUUGUAAGAUAAAUAAAGGUGAAUGUAGAAAUAUUAUUAACAGUGCUGGCUCCAUAUCAAGUGAAUAUCAUGGAAGAAUAGUUUUAAGUAGUGGAGAAGAUCAAGAAAGCUUCAUUGUUAAACUCAUCCAGCUGAGAAAAGAAGAUUCUGGGCUCUAUUUGUGUGGGGUUGGAAGCAAUGUAGAAGAUGAGGAUUCAAAUGUUUUUGAGCUGCACAUCAAUGAAGACACAGAUAUUCCUCAGGGAAGCAGGAUGCUAAUUGGUAACAUUGGCGGGUCUAUAUCUGCCCUGUGCCCUUACAAUCCUAAAAAGAACUACACUGUCAAAGUUUGGUGUAAGUGGGAUAAACAGGGUUGCCAUCCACUCAUAAGGAACAAUGGAUUUGUUCAAGAAAAAUAUGAAGGAAGAAUACUUAUUCAUGAUAACCCACAAAAUGGAACUAUGCAAGUUCUAAUGAAUCAACUAUCCGCAGAAGAUAAGGGAUGGUAUUGGUGUAUGAUGACUGACGGCACAACUGAUCAAAUAUCAUUUGUCCAGGUUAAUAUAGAAGAAGGAAAUCAUGAACAACUCGCCGGGCAGAUAGAAGUAGUGGCAUCUGCUGGCAAACAAAUUACAAUUCCUUGCACAUAUCCAUGCCGGUAUACCUCUUACCAAAAAUACUGGUGCAAGUGGAGCAAUUACGGUUGCAACCCAAAGACAUCUCAGGACAAUGACCAGGAUGGAUUAAACAUUAAUUGUGAGAAUCAAGAGGUUGUGCUUACUAUCAAUGCUGUGGAAAAGACUGAUGAAGGCUGGUAUUGGUGUGGAGUUAAAAAAUUUGGAAGAUAUGGUGAGACCCUAGCAGUCCACCUGAAAGUUGAAAGUGAGAUACAAAAAGGAACUGAUCCUGACGUAUUUCGUAAUCGCAAUAAAAAUUUUAUAGAUGGUGACAAUAUCAGUUCAGAGGAAGGUAAAUCCAGUAACAUUCUUGCCAUCAGCUUGUCAGUUUGUGCUGUGGUCCUGUUGAUCUCGGCCGUUUUCAUUGUUAUCAGACUAAAGAAUAGAAGGAAUUCAGAACUAGUUUCUGUCGGAAGCUUUAGGACUAAUAUAAGCAUGACUGAUCUGGAUAAUACUCCCAAUACUGGCAAGGACAAUCCAUGCAUAAAUGAAGCUGAAGCCCAGGAGACAGAUAUGGGGUCCUCAAAACAUGGACCAAACAACAACAAAAAGGGAUCCAGAGAGAAUCUUGAGUAUUCAUCUUUCCUGAUCUACCAUGAACCUAGUGUAAAUAAUAGUGAUGAAUAUUAAGGCUGUGCUUAUUUCCUCAUAUAGUUCACACAACAAAUAAUCCUAACUACAAUCAACCUUACCUUUUUGUCACAUAAUGGAUUUAAUUGUUCAACAAACACUUGUGGUGUCAACGCUUUGAUUUGUUGGUUAUAAAGAAAUGACAACAAUUAUACAAUUAUAAUUCAUAAAUAAAGCAGUGAUGGACACUUUUUAUUUGUAGAAUAAAAAUAUUUUGUAAAAAAAUAUUUCUCAGAUGUUGCAAUAUGGCAUGACAAAAACAAAUUUGAAAAAUGAUAUUGUAUUAAUGCAAAAGAAUAGUUUACAUUCUGCCAACGCCAAUUUCCUAUUUUUGGGGUUAGUAAUACUUGCAUACAUGCAAUCUAAAUGCAUUUCCAAGUUCAUUUAUAUAUAUGUUGUCUCUAUAUCAGUUUCUCAGUUUAGAGUUGCUUAUGAAAAGUUUCCUUUCACCAGCUUAUCCAUGAUAGAGCUAAACUAGUGUGGUGUCAACAUAAACAGUAUAUGCAUGCAAUUAGAACCCAGUAAACAUGGAGACAGCCACAUUAUUACCAAUUAGUUCACAUUUUCAAAAUUAAAGCACAUGUAAUGUGCCAGAAAAAGCAUUCACUUUUUUCCAUUAAAGGAGAAGGAAAGGUACAAUCACUGGGAGGUUUCAAAAUGUUAGGCACCCCCAGUGAUUUUGAUAACUUACUUUAUACCCCAGGCUGUUGCUCCUAUUAAGAGAAAAUCAUACCAGCCCAGUGUAGCUGAGAGUGAUCCUCUUCCUUAUUCUGUCUUUGUGCCACUUGUGCAGUAGAGUGAAAAGGUGAACUUUAACAAGAAAGCCGGCUUUUUCACACUACUGUGCCGGCUUCGGGAUUCCGAAGAUAGAUGAGAGACAAUAGAGGAUUGCUCAUUCAUAGCUACCUCGGUUUGGUUUCCAAACUGUGGGUCUGGCUUCCCUUAAAUGCUAAAAUUUAAGCAGGUUCAGUACAGGUAGGUUUAACUAUGCUCUAGGUAGGAUAUCCCUGGAACAUUGCUGACCAUGUUUUCAUAUUGGUGAACCCUUGCUUGACCAAUUUUCAAGCUUCAGUAUAAAAUUGUCAUAAAAUGAAUCCAUUUAGUUUUCCUUUAAGAAUCUUUAUAAAUCCACUUAUAUAUUAUAUACAUAAUUAUAGAAAAUGUUAAAUGUAACUCUUAAGCAAAGUCUAAUCUUAAGCAAAACAUAAGUAAAUAUAGAAGAUACUGUAGACAUAUAUACCGAUUUAAGUAUUCAUAUUUCUUUAUGUGACAAUUGAAUAAUAAUUGUACUCUAAAUAAUAAUUGUACUCUAAUUAUACAUUCAAAACCAAUAAAUACUGCAUCAGUUUUGUGUCACUUUGAUUAUUCUUAAAAGACCUGUUGAAAGACUUGCUAUGACCUGGUCACAAGUAUUCUAACCAUCCUAAGUAUCAAGAGAAGAAUGAUUUUUUAGUGUACUGAAAUAUAAAUUCAUUCUGAUUAUAUUCUCUACUGGGUAGGAUCAUCCUUCAAUUGUGUUAAAAAUAUGUAACAUAAUGUGUAAAUUUAUGCAAUGUUUGUUUUCCUUGUUUGUA